AGUCAGACAACUCCCCGGUGCGCCACCCGUGCGUUCCACAUGGAACAUCCAGCGCGUUCCUGUCCACAACUUGAACCAGGUAAGAUUGGGAUCUCACGCUGGCGCACUGAUACGUGCGCAGACAUGCUAGCGUAUACCACCUUAUCUUCCGUCGUGCCUGGUAUAAUGUACGGCCGCUCGCCGGGAGCACAACAGGCCAGUGCGCGGCGCACAGGCACCACUUUCGUCGACGACGAUCCUGCGGAUGAUGAAGGCGAAACAUAGGCAGUCGUGUAGGUUCGCACUGCUUGCGCGCAUAGUCAGCAUGCGCGCAGGUGCGCCACGUUCGACGACAACUGCUGCUCGGUCACCCGGGCUGUCCUGGUGUGCGGGAGGCCUCACGGCCUCCGAAUCAUACAGCUCCGGUGGCUGGGGAAUGUCUCCGAUACUUGGACUACAACGUAUGCGAGACUGCGUACCCGUUCGACUGGAGUGUGGGAAAAGCAAGGGCGAUGUCAGCUCCCGUAGAUAUCGGAGAGUAUCCCUUGGACGCAGAUUGCGUUCCUGCGGUAAGUAUUACGCAUCCAGGCGUGGACACAAUUCUGAACUCGUGUGCGGAGUGCUGUCUUAUGAUGCCAGAGUGGAUUCUACAUGCCAGUCUCUGGCUCUGAUGACCGCGCGGCCCGGAUACAGACCCUGCUCCCACACAGGUCUACGUCCUCGAGCAUCGCAACAUCGCGUCCAGACAAGCCUUAAGUCCAUACAAGUAUCCCUGCCUCUCCACCCACUCCGAGUCAAUCACCGGCACUUCGAUCUUUCAUCGAGUAUGUACCCCCACCAGUUGAACAUAACUCUGAUAGCCUCGAAGCCUUCGACGCACCAUCGAUCCGCGCAGCACCCACUUUGGAACGCGAUAGCAUUUUUGCCGUCUAGGGCUUUUCUCGGCUGAUUUCAUUCUACACAGAUUGCACCCGAAAGGCAACGCGACGUGUUCUCUGUUGACAGAUUGUCGCUCGUCAGUGUCCAGAUUUAGACUGGGGUUCAUCGUGGCGCACGACUACCUAGUACGCGGACUUGAAGGUGCUGGCUGCCAGUGUAGAUCCACAUUAGCGAAGAGCAAGCUGUGGGUUGAGCGAGGGUUACUGGUCUGUCGUUUUACCUAGUACAACUAGGGUUACUGUCUUUGGAUCACAAAUGCGUGCAAUACAAGUGCUAUACAUAACCUAC